AAUAUGGAACCUUUAAAGGAACUUUUUCUAGCAGCUUUCACUCUUUCAAUUGUAUUCCUUACAAUUCUGUGGUACAAAUUGGCAUCACACGAGGAAGAAUUGAGGUUGCCACCAGGACCUCGUGGUCUUCCGAUUGUGGGAUUCUUACCAUUUCUCCCGACCAAUUUGCAUCACCAGCUCACGAAGUUGUCGCAACAAUAUGGUCCAAUUUACAAGUUUUGGCUAGGAAGCAAACUAUGUGUUGUGUUGAAUGCACCAUCCUUAGCCAAAGAAGUUGUUCGUGAUCAAGAUUCCGUUUUUGCUAACCGUGACCCUCCAAUUGCAGGAUUAGUAGGUACUUAUGGUGGACUAGAUAUUGGAUUUUCCCCUUGUGGCUCCUACUGGCGUGAGAUGCGCAAACUGUUCGUAUAGGAGAUGCUAAUCAACAGGAACCUUGAGGCCUGUUAUAGCCUUCGGAGACACGAGGUCAGAAAGACAAUCAGAAAUGUGCGUACCAAGAUUGCAAAUUUGUCGAGGAGAUGGAGAAGCGUAGUAAAGAUGGAACUGAAUUCAGGGAAUUGGUGGUGAAAUAUGGUCAAGUGAUGGGAAAGCCUAACAUAUCAGACUUCUUCCCUGUGCUUGCCAGGUUUGACUUACAAGGAAUACAGAAAGUGAUGGGAAAGCCUAACAUAUCAGACUUCCACCCUGCCAUAAGUGAAUGUGUCAAGAUGCUUUCGGACCGACGAGAGGGUGAAAUCCAGAGGAAUGAGAAGAAACAUCUUAUACAGAUCCUGUUAGAGCUAAUGGAACAGAAAGACAUUGGUAUAUCACAGGACUUAGUGAAAAUUAAGGCCAUCUUGGUGGACAUUGCGAUUGGUGGGACUGACACUACAAUCACGAUGGUUGAGUGGGUAAUGUCUGAGCUUCUGAAUAAUCCGGAGAUAAUGUCAAAGGUGCAGCAGGAAUUGAAACAUGUUGUAGGGAUGAAUAACAUUGUUGAGGAAUCCCAUUUACCAAAUCUGCAUUAUCUUGAUGCUGUUUUAAAGGAGACGUUACGUUUACACCCUGCAUUACCAUUUCUUCUCCCAAAGCGCCCGAGCCAAUCUGCAAUAGUAGGUGGAUACAAAAUACCAGAAGGAACUAAAGUAUUCUUGAAUGUUUAUGCAAUUCAUAGGGAUCCUCAAGUGUGGGAAAGUCCACUAGAGUUCCAACCUGAAAGGUUCUUGAGUCCCUCGACAAAUUUAGACUAUGCUGGAAAUAAUAUGAAGUACCUUCCAUUUGGAUCAGGGAGAAGAAUUUGUGCUGGAAUUCCUUUAGCAGAGAAAAUGCUUAUGUUUAUAUUUGCUUCAUUGCUUCAUUCCUUUCACUGGAAACUCCCUGAGGGAGAAAACGUUGAUAUUUUGGAGGAAUUUGGACUCACCCUCAAGAAAAGUGAGAGGCGAGUUGAAGCUAUAUCAGUAAAACCAAGAAACUGUAAGGACCUUGACACGAUUUUUCCCACAGGUUUUAGUAUUUAUAAUAUCAGAGUACGUAUAAUGAUGUUGGUUGGUCACUUUCUUUCACUUGUUCGAAGUUCAAACCAGUUGUUGUCACUACUGCAUUAUUGCUGAGGUCUGAGGAGACGAGGUUGCAUUUACCCGUUUUUAUCUUCUGGACUUCUCAAAAAUGUCAGCUUGGUGCAUGUCAGAUCCUGAGGAUCCAAUACGGGUAUGACAACAUUCAUUAGUUUGUUGUAAAUAAUGAGUGCGGGUAAAACCGGACUUAUCCUUAUUUUUAGGAAGGAUAAAACCGGACUUAUCCUUAUUUUUAGGAAGGAUGACUAAUAGUCUGUUUAGUCAAGCUUCCAGAAUCUAUUUAUUUUGAAAAGUAUUUUUUUGUUAGAAGUGCUCACUGAAUGAAGUUUUUAAUUUUUUUUGAAA